AUGCCCGGCAGAACCAAAAAGGACGCCGCCGUGACCGAAGACGCCACCAUGGAGGACGUUCCCGUCUCCGCGCAGGUCGAGGAUGCGCUUGACGAGGAGAUGCCCGAAAAUGGCGCCGCAGAAGAAGAGGAAGAUGAAGAAAAAGAGGAGGAGGAGGAGGAAGAGGAGGAAGUUGAAGCCCAGCGGGUCAAGAUUCUGCCUGGCUCUACCGACACGGCUGCGUCGUUUGAGUUUAUCGAAGAAGGCCACACAAUGGGCAAUGCCCUGCGGUACAUCAUCAUGAAGAACCCCGAUGUCGAAUUCUGCGCCUACACAAUCCCCCACCCUUCAGAGGACAAGAUGAAUGUUAGAAUACAAACAUAUGAGGGCACCGCCAUCGACGCUCUCAAAAAGGGCCUUGACGACCUGCAGCAGGUCUGCGACGUCGUUGCCGACGAGUUCAUUGCUAAGCGUGACCAGUUCAACGCCGACAAUGGCAUCGACAGGUAA